GGCCUAGGAGGGAUUUGGAAUGACCUUCCCCAUGUAUGAAUGGAGCUUCGAUGAGCUGUGGGAUGGACAUUGGCCUGGAGAGAGGCUUUACUCUGGGAUUGCUUUUGCCCAACCGAGCCUCAUGUUUGUAAAUGUCUGUGAUUAUGUAGCCCGUCAGCAGAGACUGCUCGUGUGUGUUGGGAGCUCGGCCCUGGGUGAGAAGCUGAAUUUACAGAAGAAUGCAGUCUGGCUCGUUCCAAGUCCCGCCUCAGGAAGUGAUGAAUCCAUAUUCGGAGAAGGGAAUGAUCAACUAUAUACUGAAUUUGUACUGCAGUCGGGGUGAUGUUGCGGAUUAUAACUACCAUGCUGAAAUUCUUCGUAACAGUCCUGCACUGGGUACAAUAUAUUCUCCUGGAGAAGAAGCAGAGACAUGCUUUGUGAUUGAAAAUUUUGUCGUAGCUAGUGAUCGCAUCAAGAAAUUCAUAAAUGAGAGCCCCACGCAUGCUGUGUUUAAUUCUGGUUUAUUGUACCUGAUUGAAGGUUCUAAUUCAGUUAGUAACAACCAAACAAAUUUUCUCAGGAUUAUUAAGACCGCACAUGGUCUCGUUUUCAUGGUGUUGAAUCAUGCAGACGCGAGUUUUCCGAGAGGCUUUAAUAUGGGUAAUGUUAGACUAUCAGAUCAAGGCAAAUGUUUUGUCCUGAAAGCAAAGAAUAAUUUGGUAGAUUGUUGCUUAAUUCCACCGAAUGAACAACGGAGUAUACUUGCCAUAUUAGAGGGCAUUGCCUCUCGACAUUCAGAGUGUGAAAACAUGAAGUGUGGAGAUGUGGAUGGUGGGAGGGAUUGUAUCCAGUACUUCAAUAAAGAUAGUUAUACUGCUGAAAAUCUCAUCAUCUAUAUAACCAGCUCCUCCAUUGAGGACCAAUGUAGCCUUGUGUUCAACAGGAAUGGUGAGGUCAUUGGAUUUCAUAUUUCACACUGCCACUUGGUACAUGGGAGCUCUGAAAUGAACACCAUUGCGAAAGCUGUGUACCUGAGAGAAUUCAUCUCUGAUUUGGUCUGAAAGGCCUGUUACUGGCAAAUGAGUAUAAAAAUUUAGUAACAUAGCAGAAUACAGGCCCUUCUUGUGUCCUGUGCCCUCUUGUGGCAACCAUUUCAGCCCUGGGAAAAAGCCUCUGACUAUCAACACGAUCAAUGCCUCUUAUCAUCUUGUACACCUCUAUCAGGUCACCUCUCUCCCUCCGUCACCCCAAGGAGAAAAGACGAGUUCCCUCAACCACUUUUCAUAGGGUAUGCUUGCUCCCCAAUCCAGGCAACAUCCUUGUAAAUCUCCUCUGCAUCCUUUCUAUGGCUUCCACAUCCUUCCUGUAGUGAGGCAACCAGAAUUGAGCACAGUACUCCAAGUGGGGUCUGACCAGGGUCCUGUA